AGUAGUAGUAUUAAUAAGUGAACUUCCGCUUCAUUAUCAAACUGAAUUGACUUGAGAGUUGAGAGAGAAAGAAUCAAAGAUGGCGACAUUGAGCGUUCCUCCAGUGUUGACCUCGCCUCGCGAUGAUGCUAUGGCACUCUACCGCGCUUUCAAGGGUUUUGGGUGCGACACUGCAGAAGUGAUUAAUAUUCUUGCUCAUAGAAAUGCAAUGCAACGUGCUCUCAUCGAGCAAGAGUACAAAACUAUAUAUUCUGAAGAACUUACUAAACGCCUGGAAUCAGAACUCAGGGGUGAUAUUGAGAGAGCGAUUUUGCUUUGGAUGCCUGAUCCAGCUGUACGUGAUGCAACGGUAGUAAGGAAAGCUUUGACUGGUGACUUCGUUGACCUGAAAGCUGCUACUGAAGUCAUUUGUUCGCGUACUUCAACUCAAAUACAACAUUUCAAACAAAUCUAUCAUGCCAAGUUUCAUGCUUACCUUGAGCAUGAUAUUGAAUUCCAAGCAACCGGUGAUCUAAAAAAGUUGCUACUUGCAUACGCUAGUGCUCCCCGUUAUGAAGGUCCGGAGGUAGACAGGGCAACAGCAGAGCAUGAUGCUAAGUCUCUCUUUAAAGCUGGUGAGAAGAAGAUUGGAACUGAUGAGGACACUUUCAUACGCAUAUUUGCUGAACGAAGCCGGGCGCAGUUGGCCGCUGUUUCUUCUGCUUAUCAUAGCAUGUAUGGAAGCUCACUUAAAAAGGCCAUAAAAAGUGAAACGUCUGGGAACUUUGAGCUUGGUCUCUUGACUGUAUUACAGUGUGCUGAAAACCCUGGGAAGUAUUUUGCAAAGAUGCUGCACAAGGCAAUGAAGGGUAUGGGAAGUGAUGAUUCAACUAUUACCAGAGUGAUAGUGACGAGAGCUGAGAUUGAUCUGCAGUAUAUAAAGGCAGAGUACCAAAAGAAAUACGGGAAGUCGCUCAACGAUGCAGUGCACUCAGAAACAUCAAGCCAUUACAGAACGUUCCUUCUGGCUCUUUUAGGUGCCACACACCGCUAGACAGAGGCGAGUGUGCAAUAAUCGACCCUUUUCUUGAUCUCGUGGUUCGUUGUUUGUAUAGCUUAUGGGGUUGGCCAAGAAAUUGAAUUUCGUGGAAGUGUCUCCCUGCAAGUAAAGUUCCAUGAUUCAGAGAAAAGUCUAAUUAUUCUGUAUGUCCUUCAAUUGUCUGCUUGUGUGUUAUAUGGUUGUUUCCACGUCAAAUUUAGCAGUGUGUAAUGUUUGCUAGGUUAAUUAUAUCUUAUAGUACUGUCUCUGUGUAGCACUUAAGUAGGCUUUCUGGCUGUCCUAAGCUGUAUAUUGGACAAAGGUAUGUCCCUUUCAGCUUUCUGUAUUAAAGACCUAAUCAUGUAUGGAUUUGAAUUGAUAUCA